GAUAGAGAGGGGGAGAGGGUGGCUCUGUCCCAACAGGCGAAUCCUUUUUAAUAACUAGCCUCGAGAUAAUGAUGUAAAAAGACUCCGGCGUCCUGUGCGUAACGAGAGUCAUCGUGGAGAUCCGGUGAAGGUGAAGCCGAGACAGAAAAGAGAGAGAGAGAGAGAGAGAGAGAGAGAGAGGCAGGAGGAGAGCAGCAUUUAUUUCGUGUCUCCUCCUCGCCUCCACACCUCAGCUGACAAGUCGAGCGAGCCUGCAACUUCACCACUGAUAACAACUGAAUUCACAAAGGACAGACCGAAAAGGGAACACGCGGAGACGCUUCAGGAGUUUCGAGAAGCGACCGUAGCCUGCAGUAACGCGGAACCCACAUGGCUAUGGACAGGAGGAUGAACUUGAACGGCGGCACAGGCGACAUUUUUCAUAAAACUCUCAGUGCCGUGUCCACUAAGAAAAUGGACCCUUUCAGAUCGUCGGCCGGCAUUGAACUACCAGCUAGAGACCGCCAGUCACCGAUCAGCUGCUUUGACCAGACCGACCCAGACCCGAUUCAGCCGGGAGGACUGGCAGGAGGUAGAGGGGCGCCACUAGGUCUGCCGACCGGAUCUUUGUGCGUCAAGUACGGGGAGAGCGCCAACAGGACUUCAGCGGCGGAGAGCAGCGGCGGAGAGCAGAGUCCAGACGAUGACAGCGAUGGCAGGUGUGACAUGGUCCUUCUGACUGACGGGCGGACGGUGGCCGCGGGGAAAGCAGAGGGAGGUAAGAAAACCAAAGAGCAGAAAAUGCUGAGGUUAAACAUCAAUGCCAGAGAAAGACGACGGAUGCACGAUCUGAACGACGCGCUGGAUGAGCUUAGAGCGGUCAUCCCGUACGCGCACAGCCCGUCAGUGCGUAAACUCUCCAAAAUUGCCACUUUGCUGCUUGCCAAAAACUACAUCCUCAUGCAGGCGCAGGCAUUGGAAGAGAUGAGAAGACUAGUGGCUUAUCUCAACCAGGGCCAAGCCAUCUCUGCUGCCUCGAUACCGGCCACCACUGCUCUCGCUGCUCCCGGCUUAGGCGCGUACGAGCAGCCGCCUGGAUAUCCCUUCUCCACCGGAGUAGCUGCAUCCUCCUGUCCCGAUAAAUGUGCUCUUUUCAACAACGCCGCCUCCAGCCUCUGUAAACAGUGCACAGACAAGCCUUAACUGCAGCUGACAAGGACUCCAGAAACACAUAAGAGAACAGACACCACUUUUAAGGACACUUUUGGAGAGGAACACUUGUGAAGCUUCUGCUGUUGAAGUCAGUAGGCUAGAGACAAUGAAGUAAUGGCGAUGAAUACUUUUAUAAUAUUUACUAACUGCAUUAAAACACUUUUUGUUCAAACAAUACUUGAUUGUGUAUAUAAUCCAUCUUUAAAGUGCUGUAUGAAUGACAGUGAAGACCAAACAUAGAGGCCUGUAUGAGUGGCGGAAAGUGCAGAGUGAGUUGCUGCUCACUUGCUCUGUUAUGGACCCUUUUGGAGAUUUUGGUGACCUGACAACUUGCGACUUUUUCCACUUAAACAGAUGGACACCUUCCUGGAGCGUCAGUUCAGCUUCACUUUCUGCUGCUUCCACAAUCAUUUGCGAGUUUUCUUUGUUUCACUAAGAGACUUUUUCCAUAUUGCGUACUGCUCCAAGGCCUGUUUCCAUGAACUUUUCUUUUGAGGACGUGGAAUGUCUUGAACAAGGAAAAGUUAAAUAAAAUCGGUGGCAAGUGGUUUAAUCAGUCAGAAGUGUAUGUGCACAUCCGGACACUUGUUAAUAGUUGGGCACGCCAGACAAUAAAAUUGAAAAAAGAAAAAAAAACUGAAUUAAGGUUUAUCAGGUGUUUCGGUGUGUCUUUUGUAAUUUAUUGAUUUGGAUAUUUAUAUUGGAUAUUUUUGCUUGCAUUGCACAUUGUAGUCCGUUUUCCUAGUUGUUGUAUUUUAAACGUUUUAUCCUUCCUCCCCGGAUGAUCGAGGUCUUCAGAUAAUCGCGUUGUCAGGUCAGGCUGUGGAUUAUUGUAGAUACAUUAGUCAUUAUAUGAGCAAAGAGGGGCAUUUGUAUGUAUUUCAUUGUUGAAAAGCUUUAUUAAAAUAUUUUGAACAACAGAAAUACUUCUGAUUAUUCUGAUGUGAAGUGUAGUGAAGGUGGAGUCAGAGUGAACCGCCUUCAGCUUUUAUGUUUGAUGAAUACACUGACUGAAAAUUUCAAUCUGAAAUUGAAUCUUUAUAUUUCACUGUGGUUUAACAAGCUAAAUCUGCCCAGGUGCCUCUUAUAAAACCGG